CUCAGUGUUCUCGGGCUAGUCCAGCGCACACGGCCGUGCCGUACACCACCGCAUAGCCCGGUCUCUAUUAUCUGCGGCAGGGUAUCACAGCCAGUCGCCGCACUCCCGCUCCGAUCUCACAUCACAUGCAAAAAGCCGAUUUGAUUUUUGAAUGAAGUGUUGGGAGAGGUCGCGGCGGAGUGGGCGGGCGCUUCCGAGCGCACCCGAGCGCCGACGGAGAUCCCCGAACGAGUCGCGUGGUGUGGUGGCUCAUCAAACAACACACAAACACUCAUUCACCGGCCACUCCGCCGCCCGCCGGUUCGCAUUUUUUGAUUGCUCUAAAAAACCGCCUCAUAUCGGUCAAAAAACUUGGAAUCGGACCGGUCUGCACGGCGCGGCGCGUGUCUCUCAGAUAGCGUCGGCGAUAUUGUGGUGUCGAUGGUGUGGUGACUUGUGAUCGUGAUCGUGAUCGUGUUGCCAGUGUGACCAUGUACCCCUGGUACAGGGAGUCUGUCAGCCAAUUCUGCGGCACGGCCAGCCCCAUGCCCACCACCAUCAAGACGGAGAACGGCUACAACGACUGCAUGUUGGCUCUAGACUACGCUGCCCAGUCCAAGAAAGCUGCGUUCGUGUGGGAGGGGAGCCAACACGGUGGGGGUGGUGGCGGCGGCCCUGGGGUGUCCGGGGGCCACGGCAAGUGUGGGGGGCCCGCGGGAGGACAGGGCCAGGGGGGCCUCGUCCACUGGAUGUCCGCUGUCAUGGCCGAACACAUGAACAAUGUCAGUACCAACCACCACGACGGCAUCCAUUACAUGUGGAACAGCGGAGUGGAGCAAUGUGGACCUCACGCGAAGGACAUGGAUUACUCCUGGGGCCGUCAGACGAUGGCCAAGCAGGGAUACGAGGCCAAGAUGUCGACAGACCAGCAAAAUAGCCAUGGAGUGGAGGAUGGACGGAUGGACCCUCCCGGGACGCUGGGGCUGUACGGGGGUGCAGUCAGAUCUCACAGUUCUAGCAGUAGUUCGGCGUCUCCACCUCACGGCGCCGCGACGCUUAUCGUGCCCCACCCCCUGGCCGCUUCCAAGGACCAACAUCACGUAGUGACGCACAAUGGCUCCGGCAGGAAGUAUCAGUGCAAGAUGUGCCCUCAGAUGGGAGGCGCACACCAUCCGCACCCGCACCCGCACCCACACGCACACGCGCACUCUAUGUACGGCCCAGAGAAGCUACAGAGAACUCCCUUGCUCAACUCUCAAAUAUUCGGGUCCAAGUCGGAACUGCAGAUGCACUCCCAGUUGCACAUGCGCGAGGUGAAGCCCUACAAGUGUUCGCAGUGCAGCAAGACCUUCGCGAACAGUUCGUACCUGUCGCAACACACGCGCAUCCAUCUGGGCAUCAAGCCUUACCGCUGCGACAUCUGUCAGCGCAAGUUCACCCAACUGUCGCAUCUGCAGCAACACAUCCGCACGCACACGGGCGACAAGCCGUAUAAGUGUCGUCACCCCGGCUGUAACAAGGCCUUCAGCCAGCUGAGCAACCUGCAGUCUCACUCGCGGUGUCACCAGACCGACAAGCCCUACAAGUGUAACUCCUGCUACAAGUGUUUCGCCGACGAGCCGUCUCUGCUGGAGCACAUACCCAAGCACAAGGAGAGCAAGCAUCUCAAGACCCACAUCUGUCAGUACUGCGGCAAGAGUUACACGCAGGAGACGUACCUGACCAAGCACAUGCAGAAGCACGCGGAGCGCACGGACAAGCGGCCGCCCAUCAUCGGCAUCCCCCGGGUGACGUUCGAGACUCCUCACUACUGGCCCAAGGUGUCGCCGGACACCGCCAACACCCUGGUGGACGCCAUGAGCCAGCAGGACUACCACCAGGCCAACGGUCUGCUCCAGGACCACAUGAACGGCGAGGACCAUUCCGGCAGACCGCCCGCCCCCACGCCGACCCCCGGAGCCGCCUCCCCCGGCAACUACCACGACGUCAAGACCAACACCUCCUCCGCCUCCGCGUUCACCCCCAUCCAGUCCAUGGUCCCCACCCACCAUCACAAUCACCACCUGAACCACAACCAGAUCUCGGAUCCCCGGCCAGCCUACCUCUCCUAUAACGCUCUGGCGUUCCCCGGGGCAGCCAAGGUGGUCACGUCCUCGGGCCAGUUGCAGGGACUCUCCGGUGGCGUGCAGACUUCUGUUGCCGUCGAGAUGCCCAAGAGCAUGUCCACCAACAGCUUCCCCAACCAGCUCAUCUCUCUGCACCAAAUACGCAACUACGCUCACCAGCCUGCACCCUCACUCAUGUCCACCGAACACCUCCUCACGGGUCUCAAGGACAAGACACAAUAAUGUUACGCCCCCUACCCGUACUCCGGCUAGACGCGGGGUGCGGGGGGAUCGACUGAGCAAUACGGACUGUUUGUUACGUUUUACGCGGUUUUUGAAACCGCAUGUACAUUCAUUUGUUCUAGAAUUAUAUUUUAUAAAUUAUUAUGCGAGUGGACAUGGACGCAGCCGUCGCCCCGUGUAUAUACACGUACACAUACAAGUGAUAUUUUCUUGCCAGUUUACCUUGUGUAUAAGACGUGUGAAAUAUGGAGACAUUUAUUAUUUAUGUUUAGUGUAAUUAUGUGUACAUUUUUAGAUAUCGUUAUAAAAAGUAAUCGAGACAAAUAUUGUGAGUCCGGCGUGUAUCAAUGCGAUCUGUGAGCUCGGGCUGAACUGUGUCUCCUGAGUAUAACCAAAUCUUUCCCCGUCAGAACCCGAGCGGGUCGCGGUGUAACUGCGGAGUGGAAAGUGAUUGUGAUUUACUUUAAAGUUACUUAAGAGACUAGCUAUUAAUUUCGUUAAGCAUAAUUGUUUACGUUUCCGCUGUGUACGCAGUCCGCUUGAUUUUUAUUUUGUUCCUGUUAAUGACGACUGUAUAUUCUGUACUUAGAGUACGAGGAGUAGAGGGCCGACUCUUGUUGGCAGAGAGUACGGCGUCUGACCUCGCCCAAACGUACCAAAAAAUUCUCCAAAAUUAUGUUUCUAGUAAGUAAUACUUGUCGAAGGGCCGAAGUACCACGCCGUGCUCUCUGCCAACCCCUUGUGUAACCAGCUGGGAAUCAGGUUCAAGUCUGACUCGAGUGACGAUUGCCUGUAUUGGUGCUAACGUGUCCUUGAGUUGUUGUAGCUGUAGGUAAACAAUCACUUCUUGUGCUUAUGUAUUCGCUUGGAAGAAAUUAAUCUAGAUCUGGUGAAUAAUUUGAUGUCUGACAUUUCCUGUAAGUUGUUUACGUUGAAACGAAGAGCUUUGAAUGAAUAGAUACCAACUAAAACUUUAAAUUGAAUUAUAUAUUUUAUUGUACAUAUUUACAUUUACCACUUAGUUUUCAUCUGUUUACUCGCCCUCAAUUCUUGAUAGUUUUGUUCUUGGAUAUGUUUAUGAUUUGGAGUUUACACAGUUUGUUAUUUAUUGUUAUGAAUAUUACAAGUAGCCUAUCACCUAGAGUGCAGCCUUGCAGAACGUAUUGAUCCCAAAUAUAAAAUUACUCGUGAAUAUUCUAGAAGAAUUUAAUAAUCUCUAGUCACGAACAAUAAAUUUAUUAACCUGAAAUAUCUCCACUUAUCACUUUCUAUAUGUUCUAUUUAUUCUAAAUAGUAAUGUUUAUGAGAAAUAAAUACGCCAUGAGCAUUGAUACCCAAAGCAUAUUAAAAAGGAACUUCUAAUAUAAUGCAUUGAAGCGGAACUUUCUUUAUCUGAGACCUAUUUCUAGAAAAUCUCAUAGAAAAAUAAAUGAUAGUAUUUAUCAAAAAAGCUAAGCAAUAAUGUAGUCUACAUAUUGGAGAUUAUCGAAGGGCGUUUACUAUGUAUUAAAAAUGUCAUGUGUUGAACGUAAAAAAUUAUUUAUUUAAAAUGUAUUUUGUAAUGAGUUAAAUAAAUAAAUUUAUCGAUAAUUAUUUUACAAAAUUAACUUGGUUAUGUGCAUUAUGUUCCUUUGAAAAUGAUUCCAAUUAUUUGUCAAAGCAAUUCUUGAAGUUAUAUAGUGGGUCUUUUUUAACACACAAGUAUUUUAUCCUUAUUGUCCUCAUUUAAAAAAAGGGACCCAUAUUUAGAAAGUAAGAUUUUUAAAUUAGUACAAUAUGGUUUGUAAUAGUGAUGAACAUGUUUAUUUUUCACUUAAAUUAAAUGAAAUCCAACAUAGUUGUAUUAGGUAAUAUUUUUGUAUAAAUUGUAAUGUCACGAAUGGCCCAAGCUGGUUGCAUGAUACUGGUCGGCUGGUCAGGCGUUAACCAAGGUUUAGCUUAGUGAAGCUUAUGACUCUGAAGCUGUCAUCAGCUUGUGAUCACCAAUGUUCUACAGGAGUAGUGAACGAUUCCAGGUUCUACUGAUUGUGUUCUAGUUGUCUGUUAAUGUUGUACAUUUGUUCUGGUUCGUUGAAUCUGCGGUCUCAUUGUUGUGACAAUACACCGUAUUAGGCUCGCAAAUGUUAUUUUUUUAAUUGCCUAACUGUUACUUGUGUUAUAAUAAAGUUGGUUCGUUUCUGACUAUUUAUAUUUCCGAAUAUAAUUUCUUCUUUUGUAUUGAAA